AUGGUUGCCGAAACGCCACAAGACGGCCUUCUUAAGCUAUGGGAGUCAAUACCAGAAGACUUACGCACCAGCGGCUCCUACACGUUAGAUGCACUGUCCAGUACCGUUGCUUCGCUUGCUGCCAAAGCCCAGGAAAGCUCCAGCUCUCAAUGCGAGCAUAAGAACGAGCUGGCGAAAGCGCUCGGGAAAGCAGCCUGGAAGUCGUACAAGAGACUCGUUGGAAAGAAGCCCAGGCCGUUUACCGAAGCCGUCUCUGACUAUCGACGAUGGAAGUCCGAAAUCCGAAAUUGGGCUGCUAUGAACGGAGCCGUACCGGGAGACGUGCUCGCCGCGGCCGUCCUCAGAAACACAACUGGCCGUGCUAAAGAAUGGACGUUAUCCAAGAAUAUCGGCCAGUAUUCAAAGAAGGACGGGGUCCCCGUCUCUGCGGCUGCUACAUUGGAAGCAAUCUUGAAUGACAUGGAUGGGCUCUUCUCCGACCCUUGGGCCAGAGACCGAGCACUUGAUAAAUACAACAAUGCCCGCCAAGGAACCAGACCCAUUCUCGAACACAACGUCUAUUUCCAUAAUCUAGUCGUCGAACUCGGCUACGACUCCAAGCCUCGAUAUACACUCAGUGAUUAUAUUCGGUCUCUGCGCCCUGGCCGUCAGGAGAAAGUAAGAGAAUGGCUUCUGUUCAAACCGCGCAAAGAUCAGGAUGAAUGUACUCUACACCAUUGCAUGCUCAUGGCUGGAAUUUACGACAAUGGAAUCCCAGCGCCCAAGAAGAAGCGACGUCAACGGCGGAAGUAG